AGUGUGAGCAGAGACAGUGAGAGCAGAGCAUGCAGAGCUGCCUAAAUGCUGACAAACCCUUCUUGGGGGAAGGAGAGUGUCACAGCAGCUGUGACAGAGACAGAGGCAUCCUCCCAACAGGACCACAAAUGCAGAAGGGAUAACAGCAAACCUGUCUUUGUAUUUCAGGGACUUCACGAUGGAAACAGCUAUUUUGAAGCUCCAGCCAAGAAUUCUGCCUGGUAAUUUCUGUUUAAGUGAAUUCAGAUGAGAAAUUAACCAAGUCUGAGCAGCCUAGUAUGUCUGACAGCCUUCAGAGGACUUCGUGCUGUGCAAGUUUUAUGUGCUUAUAGAGGAGAGCUUGCUGGGGAGAUGAGUUCUCAAUCUAAAACUGGCCGGGGCUUUGCAGGAACUUCUUGGGUAGAGAGAUAACUUCCAACUGAAUUCACACCAUCUGCAUCUUGGGCAAGGGAUUCAACCAUAACCUGCUAUGGAGGAUGAAUUUUAAGAUGAAGACCUUUGGCGAUAAAUCUAGUUCAUCAAUACAUGGAUAUUUGAAAGUCUCUGCACUCAAUAAUGGCAAUCUUUCUGCAAACUACUCCAAUGGGACAGCAAGCAACCUGGAUUUACCUGUCUUGGAUAUCAGUAGGGCAAUAAUUGUGGCUGUUAUCCUAGGUGCCUUUAUACUCUUUGCUAUUAUAGGUAACAUCUUAGUAAUUCUCUCUGUUGCUUGCAAUAGACAUCUAAGAAUCCCUACAAACUAUUUCAUAGUUAACCUCGCAAUAGCAGAUUUGUUGCUGAGUUUUACUGUCCUUCCAUUCUCUGCUACACUGGAAAUCCUCGGCUACUGGGUUUUGGGGAGGAUAUUUUGUGACAUCUGGGCAGCAGUGGAUGUGCUAUGCUGUACAGCUUCUAUUUUAAGUCUAUGUGCAAUUUCCAUAGACAGAUACAUAGGGGUACGUUAUUCUCUCCAGUAUCCAACACUGGUGACAAGAAGAAGGGCAAUUUUAGCUCUCCUAGGUGUCUGGGUCCUUUCCAUGGUGAUAUCCAUUGGGCCUCUCCUGGGCUGGAAAGAACCAGCACCCAAGGAUGAUAAAGAGUGCCGGAUCACUGAAGAACCAUUCUAUGCUUUGUUUUCUUCCUUGGGGUCAUUUUACAUCCCUUUAAUUGUCAUCCUGGUGAUGUACUGUCGGGUCUACAUAGUGGCCAAAAGGACUACAAAAAACCUGGAAGCUGGGGUUAUGAAAGAAAUGUCCAACUCUAAGGAGCUGACUUUACGGAUUCAUUACAGGAACAUUCAUGAGGACACACUAAACAGCACCAAACCCAAGGGUCAUCAUCCCAGGAACUCUUUAGCUUUUAAACUUUUUAAAUUCUCUAGAGAAAAAAAGGCAGCCAAGACGUUGGGAAUUGUGGUAGGCAUGUUUAUCUUGUGCUGGCUGCCUUUCUUCAUUGUUCUGCCACUAGGAUCUCUGUUUUCAUCUCUGAAGCCUCCUGAAACGAUCUUCAAGGUGAUUUUUUGGCUGGGCUACUUUAACAGCUGCUUGAAUCCAAUCAUCUACCCUUGCUCAAGCAAAGAGUUCAAGAGGGCUUUUAUACAGAUCCUAAAGUGCCAGUGCCACCGCCGCAAGCAGUUGGGGUGGUGGCCCUACAGCUACAGAAACUGGAAUAGGGGCUCCUAUGAGCAGCAUAGGAAGGACUCUCUGGAAGACAGUGGGAGUUUCCUAAGUGGCAGUCAGAGGACAUUAUCUUCAGCAUCUCCCAGCCCUGGCUACCUGAGCAAAAUCACCCACCCACACAUGGAGAUGUGCACAUUCCAAGAUUGGAAAAACUCCAGCUCUUUCCUGAGCCCCUUACAGGAAGGCAGCAGACCAAAGGAUCCGUCUCAGUUCUUUACCUUCAACCUCUUAACAGAGCGCAAUGGACACAUUCCUGCUGGCAGCCAGGAUUCCAGCAAUGGGGACCACGAGGCCACCUGUGACACACUGAAUGGCAAAACUGAGUGUAUAGCAAACAUGACACUGGAAUGAAUAGAUUGUCAAUGGUCUGUUCUCCUUGUUCCCCAGCUUGCUGUAAGUUUAGCCAAGGUGAAGAAGUGCACAGUUUCUCAGUACAGCACCAGAAGGCAGCCAGUGAGAACCAGGCAGAUCCAUGUCACAGGAGCAGCAAAGUGUAAUCAUACUCCCAGUCCCUUGUCAGAGAGGCUACUGGAGCAAAAAGAGAAUGCAGGAAAGAUGCUCCAUAAAACCAGGGAAGUGCACAUCCAAUUAUUUAGGUAUUGCAGAAGUGCUGUGGAACAGCCAAACCCAUGCAUAGUGAAAGAGUGUAUACAUCUGCAGAGGGCAGGGGAAAUUUACAUGAAUGUGUGUGUGUACAUGUGUGUGUAUGGAUGCCUGAGAGUGCAAGUGAGCCAUGCAGCUCUAUUUGUACCUCUCCAGGGUAUCAGUUGCCACUGAUUCUGCCUGUAAAUUCUUAAUUGUUGUACUUCACUGUACAUUAGCACUUUAGAAAUGGAAAACAACAUCAAAGAUUAAAGUAAUUUUGCAA